AUGGAAAGGCAAGUUUUGAUCGAUCUUAUGCGACUCAAAAGUGCUAUAAGCAAGAACCAAAAAGAAUUUUGUAUUGAAUUUGAACAGCGUUAUUCAAUGUAUUUACCACGGUCCUGCCAUUUCGUGCAAAAUUAUAACCCGGUCACACAAAGAAAGGACACCCUUGCUUCCAUAUUAUUACCAACAGACGUCCCAGAAGAACUUAUUCCAGUGAAAGUAACAGCAGAUGGAAACUGUUUAUAUAAUUCAGCAUCGGUUUUGGUCACCGGUGACCAGAGUCUCAGCAAUAUACUGCGGUUAUUAACAGCAGUCGAGUUAUACUUACACUCGCAUUUUUAUGCACAUCAUCAAAGGUAAGAAAUAAUAAUGCCACAUAAAAAAAUUGUUGGUUAGCGUCCUCGCCGGCCCACAAAAAAAGCCCCCCUCAGGAUUUUUUUCGAUUUUUAUUAGCUAAUUUAAAAAAACCCAACUUUUAUUGAUCAACGGGCUCUAAAUUAGAGCUCUAAUACAUGUAGUACUGUAUUUCUGUUGCCAAGUGUAGUCAAUUGUGUUAAUAAAUUGCGAAAUUGCGUGCGAAAAUGACGGUAUGAAUCAUAUUUUGAAAUAAUAUUAAAAAAUAUCUGUACUGCGCAAGAAAAUCCAGUUUCGGACCUAAAGCCAAGGCGUUAAAAAUUAGUAAAAAUUUAAAAAAAAGCGCCCGCCCACUUUUUGGAUGCUAACCAACUAUUUUUUUAUGUGGCCUAAUAGACAAUGAGUGAUACGGUAUAUUUUGCAUUAUCGCAUUUUCGACGUUUCGUAUUUGCAUAUUUUCUUAUUUUGCAUUUUCGUAUUGUGUAUUUUUGUAUUCUGUACAUGCGAGCGACAUAACAAAUUUUAUUAGUACUGCUAAAUAAAUAUGCUAUACAUUUUAGACUAUAAAACUGUACAGAGCUAAAUUGUAAACGGCUUCCUACCCGUGAAAUCAAGAUUUUUCAAGUUAGCCUAAACAGGUUCUUUAAGACUAUAUAAAUGGUGCUUAUAGCGAAAUUAGGCUAUUAAACAGGUUCUUAAAUAGGUUCUUUGCUCUAAAACUUAUGCUAACUAUACUUGUAUUUGAAAUAAAAGAAGGAAUUUAUCAUUACUUAUUAGAGGGAGAUAGGAAUGGCUGAGGGCCACGUGUGUGGGGCAUAAUCCCGAGAAAAUUUUUAAAAUUUGGAACCCUAAAAUGCCAUUUCCUGCAUUCUGAGCAUCCAAAAAAUAAAAUUAUUAAAAAUAAUUUAUCGUUACUUAGUGGUAGACAAACGUAACAAUUUAAAUCGAUUUUGUUAAACAAGGACAUAGGAUAUAAAGCCUAAAAUUUUCCGUUUAUCUAUUGGUUUAGAAUCUUCAAACUCUUCUUCCCAAAGUUUUAUGGAGCCAUUAUAAUUAGCAACAGGGACCGCUUACAGUAAUUGGAUUCUUUAUGUAAUAUAGCCUGCGAACAGGCUCAGGCCUGUUCGCAGGCUAUAUGUAAUAUUUCAAAUCCGACUAUGAGGACUGGACUAGAUUUCAAGUCAGCGCAAUUUGAUCAAGUCCGAGGUGAAGCCGAGGACUGGAUAAAAAUGCAAGGACUUGAAAUCUAGUCCAGUCCGAAUUGGAGGAUUUGAAAUAACAUCUCAUGCGAAUAUAUCACUACUUAAAGUGAGGUGAAUUAAUUUUGAUCCAGUCGCUGAAUUAAUUUUGAUCCAGGACUAGGACUGGAUCAAUAUACUUAUACACCAGGUAUCCAGUAUUAUCAUGUGAGCAAAAUAAAGCAAUAUGGUUGGCUAAUGUACUCAUGAAUUAUUAAUGAAUUUGAGAUAAAUGUGCAUACAUGAAAACGAGGCUCUUUAGCCAAAGUGACGUACUUAGGGACCGGGCAUUAUUUAUGGUGGGGGGUGGCACCGAAGAGAAAUGUUUUUCGUGGCAAACAUUUUGGCUCGCUGGUUUGUUUGUAUAAAUUUAGGAAAAAGGUACUUUUCUCGCGAGGCUAAAUGUGAUUUCGUGGGGGGGGGGCACAAGGGGAGGGGGGGGGGGCUCCCCCCCCCUCCAGCUUGUAUGUUUAAAAAGGCCCCGGUUCAUAUAUUCUGUCUGAUUCCUGGGUAUAUAUUCUGAUUUCAUUACUUUGUGAAGAGUUUAAUUUCUUUGAUUUAUAAAUUUUUUGUUUCAACUCUUAGAGUGAUAAAAUUAAAAUAAAAACCUGUUUGAAAUUUUAGCCUAAACAGGUUCUUAUAUAAAGGAGGUCAAAAUAAGCAAUUUUAGCCUAACAGGUUCUUAAAAUCUACGACUAGGUUCUUACUGCAUAUCGUAUUUCGCCCAAUGCUACAACAUUAUAUGAACAGAUUGUAUCAUUUUAGACAUUGUAUUAUUGUCUCAGGCUCUCAGCUAACAUGCAUAUAGCGAUUAGCUAGCCUAUAUACGUUGCAGCCUGCAGGCGUUUAUUUGCUUGCGGGCGUCGCGAAGAAUAAGCGAAUAAACGCCUUCUACGCAGGCUCCAUGUAGCCGGAUAUAAUUUACAUUUCCUAUUUUCCUAUACUAAAGCGUUAUCGCAUUAAAGGACUAUUCAUGCAGUAUUUGAUAUAAAGAACUAGCGAACUUUACCAUUAUAUCUUUCAGGAGACUGUUGUAUAAAACUCUUAAACUACUUUUUAACCACUAUUUUGUAGGUAAAUAGCAGUUAACUCUAAAAUCCGCGAUUUGAUUGGUUAAUUAACGUUCGCACCAACAGUCGUUAAAAUUUUAACUACUUCAUUAUACAACUGGUCCCAGGGUUCAAAACAUAAAUAUAUCUGCCCAAUUACCCAAUUUUUCCAGAGUUAUUUGUUUAGAUGUUAAUAGUAUAACAGCUGUGCACAUUGUUAUUCCACCACACUACAUAUGGUCGACAAAAUAGAGUUAAUAGACAAUUUAAGCUGAGUGGAAUAUACCAGGUCAAUGUACAAUAAUCAAUUUUGAAAAUGCAAAAGUUGAAAAUGUAACAAGUACAAUUUGAAAAUGCAAAAGUUGAUUCUAAGACCUAUAAGUCUUAUAAAAUAUAUUGAAAAUAAAAGCAGUUGUUUCUAUUAAUGAAAGAGAAACUCCACGUUGGACAAACAUCUACUCUCAAUUUAAAAAACGACGAUCCGGUAUUUUACAUUUUAUUGAACAAAACGUUUUAUCUCACGAUGUCCUACAAUGAUUUCCGGACUGGACGCUCGCUGGACACAAGGAGCCCAACUAUGUCCUAUUUAUUAUAUCAAUAAAUAUAAAUAAAAACACAUACGAACUAUUAAUGUUCUUUUAAUUUAAUCUAAAGGUUUUCUGAAGUCGACAUGGCUUUUGGGGAAAGUACAAGAUAUAUAUUGUCUUUAUCAACUGAUGACGGGAACCACGAAAGAAACAGAAUUGAGACAGUUAGGAAAGAGGCAAUGGCGACUUGUGUCUUGAAGAACUGGGCUGGCCUGAUUCAAGUAAUGGCAUUGUCAUCUGUCCUUAAACAAGUCAUAUAUUCAGUAUAUCCUGAUUAUUCACGUGGCAUUCGUCCUCUUUUUCACGGUCCAAUACAACCCAGAGGGAGAGAUAGCAAUUUCCAACCUGCACAUGUACUUUACAUCAUGUGGUCAAGAUGUGAUAAUUUCGACAACAGAAUGACUAUGUUUCAACCAAAUCAUUUUGUUCCGUUGCUACCACAGGGUUACAUUCUAAAGAGUGAAAACGAUUUUCCAACUCUCGCUUCAUCUGAUAUCGCGCCGAACGCAUCGAAGUCAAAGUCAUCAUCGGCAAAGAGGAAGAAUUCUAAGCGCAAACGACAAGUGCCAAUAACAGUGUGUUUACCAACGCCAAACAGCCGGGCAACUAAAUCAAACAUUACUUUAUCUAAUUCGCAAACACAAACGGCAAAACGUAGUCGACCUGACUGGAUUAUGACAAACCACACCCAACCGACGCAAGAUGGAAAAAUAUUAUCUCCAAGUCAAUUAAGCGUUAAUAUAGACAAGGUAAUUGACCCCGUUUUGGAUAGUACAGGGCAAGAAUAUGCUAAAGUUGGGGAAAACCUGCACGAAGGGAUUGAUGAGCAGAUAAAUAAUAGCAGUCAGCCACCAAAAGGGUGCAAGAAUCAGCCAGCUACAUCCUCUCAUCAAUUACCAUUUCCAUUUUUAUCACGUAAGUGGUAUCAAGGUCAAGGUUUGCAUGAAACUAAAUUGAAUGCUUCAGCUCGCAUGGGAAACACGGAAGAAAAACUUAUGCCAGAAAUGUUGCCGUAUUCAAUGCUCUCACGAGACUGGUAUAAAAAUCAAACAAAAACAACCAACCAAUGUCCCUCAGAGACUCCAACAUUAGAAAGAGUUAUACCAUUAACGAAUUUAUCGCAGUCCUGGUAUAAGCGACAGGGUCAGCUGGCCCAAAAAAAUGCAAGCAGAGGAAAAAGUAAAAUCAUUAAUGGAACUUUACAAGAAAAUAUUAACGAAUUAGAAAAAGACUUAUUGCAAAGCAAUGUAACUCAGGCAGUUAUCGGGAAAAAAAAAGUCAUGAUAGAAGUCGGGAAAUAUAUUUUGAAACACGGUCCCCUUGUACGCAUGCAAAAAGUUGGUCAGUUGAUCAGUGACACCGAAAAGGGUAUGGGAAAAAAUUCGAAUAGCAAAAGAAGACAAAUGUCCUCCGAGAUUUUCAAGAAAGUACAGUGUCAUCUUAAUGUAGUUCAAAUUUAUAUUAAAGGAAUUGCUUACCUUCUCGAAAACAGAAAUUAUGAUUUAUCCGACGUCACUGAAAGAUUAUCCAAUAUUUGUAAAUCUUCUAUCAAGGAAGAAAUUAAUAACCACAUAAGCGUGAACGUUAGCGACCUACUACAAACAGCAAUAAGGUUUGCCGACACUAAACGAGACGCGGACCUCAUCAAAGCAUUAUUUGCUAAAGCAACAAGCGUUAAACACGUUGCAAAAAUGCAAAAAGUCCAGAACUGCUCGUCUAUACGCGUGGCAGAACAACAGCUGUGUCAUAAAUUACACGAAUUUAAAAAUCUCGAGCUCACAUCACAGGUGGUGAGGAACGAUUUAACGAACGAGCAACAGAGAAGGCUAACUAAGCGAAUCAUUAGCCAAAGAAAGCAUAAGCUUUUCAAGCUGCAGUUUGAAACACGAGGAAGGAAUUUAAAAGCCGACAUAUUUCCUGAACUAAAAUUCGUUCUGGAAGAAAUUUUCAGCCAUGGUAGCAAUGGGCUACUAGGAGGUCUAGAGAGCCAUCCUCGUCUUACAACUGACAUAUUGUAUAGAUCUCGUGAUAACACUCUUUUUAUGCGUGAAGCACGUGAAAUUUUACUCAAGGUUGCUCCUCCUGGCUUUGGAAUAUCUUUGUCGUCAUGUUACAAUUAUACCGAAUCGUACAAAGAAAACACUUAUUCUGCCAAACGUCAUCAUGCAGGGAAGGACGUAAAUGCACGAAUUGCGCUGAAAUGCCCACCGAGAACUGGCGUUUUUAAGCAAGUGAUAAAUCUUCAUUGGACCACAAAGAAUGUGAAUUUACUGGUUGAGAGUUGUAUGACCUGUGAAUCUAAUUGUCUUGUAGACUCAAAGGAUGCAAAGACGGUGAUCUGCGGAGAUAUACAACCGGUUCAAAAUCCAGGUAAGAGCUGGAAACCUAUCAUUUAUCCAGAUCACACCUUCGACCAAAGCCGUACCAAUGCGGUCUAUCCUAUGGCACACCUGUUUUUGGGUAACGACCAAAACGUAUGCGAGGAUGAUGCUAAAACCAUCGAAAUAACAAGAACUGGACGACCUGUACUUCUCAUUAACAUAGCUUUUUUCGAGCACGAGACUACAUUCCGAGCUAUGAACGAGUUUCUUUAUCUUUUGACAGAACCAUCGUUAGAUAAGAUCUUCAGAAACGCCGAGACUGGUCAGCUCAAGUCUAUAUUUGCUUUUUUGGUGGAUAAUGGUCAUGGAGAAGACCCUGAUAGUCCGUUGACGCGAAUGUGCCUUGCAAGAAUUUUGCAUAUGCUGAAGUUAAAAAAAAUUAGCCAAAGAUCGUUUGCUGAGUAUAAUAGUAAGCGAAAUUUUGUUGAGAGAGUCCACGCAGCAGAAAAUACCGCUCUGUCCCGUCAUGGCGCUUUUGACAGCAAGCAAAUUCAUCCCAGCCCUGAACCUGGCACCAAAGAACACUUAGAAAACAUGGAAGAGAUGGCAGAAGAUGUGAAAAAUUGUUUAUCGCAAGCUCGUUUUGCUGGAAGAUUUCUAGAAUGUUACAGAGGAAUUGGGAGCAAUGGUAUUUUUAGUGACGAGGAACGUUUGAAAGACUUUCUGUCAUUUUCAGAGGAAAAAAAAGAAGAGUGUACUUGGACUUAUGGCCCAAGCACUUCAGACAAUCCAUACUUCCAAGCCCUUGUGCAGGUUUGGGGCAUUCCUGAAGAUUUCGAAAGAAGUUACGUAGAGGAUUAUAAUGUGAUUAUGAAUAAAAACGGCAAACGCACAGCUUGGAACGACAAAUAUUCAACUAAUUUGUAUGGAAACGUGAACGAUGAUAAUUUAGAACUGCAACCAAUUCCUGACUAUGUGUCAUGGCUAACAAGUGGCGGCGAACUACACUACAUGGCCUUUGAAAAAAUAUCUUCUUUAUAUGCCUCUAGUCCGCAAUUAGUCGACUCACCUGGACUAUUUCUUCCAUCCCGGAUUCUUGAUACUUUUUUUAUUGUCGACUCUAAUCCUCCUGAAGAUAUUCUUAAUGCGUUGGCGCUUCUCACUUGGACAACUGAUUGUGAUGUAACAGAGUACUUUAAAAAUAAACGUGAAAGAAUGGAAAAUGAUUAUCAACAGAACAUUGAGCGAGAAAAAUGGAGAAAUCAUGAGCUUUACAAGAAGUCAUUAGUUGAAUUACAUCAAAUAUGCAAGAAAAAUGGUUUGUCUCAAAAAGGAAACAAGCACGAACUGGUUCGACGUAUUGCACAGAACAAUGGUGAAACAGAGGAAAACAGUUUUUACCCUGACUACAAUGGAGAUCCAAGCUCACUACCAGAUACAGUUGCUAAUAUCAGGAAAAUACCUAUUGCUACAUUAAAAUAUAUAUUAAAGUCCCAUGCGUUAUCGUACUGUGGCAACAAAGAUGAUUUAGUCCUCAGAGUUUUUCUUUUGAGUCAUAGACGUACUCAUCUUUGCUCAUUCAGUCAAGCAAAAAUUAUAGAGGAGACAAUAGCCAGUGCAAGAAAGAUUAUAGCAGAGGAAGUUAAAGAGUAUUUGCUAAACAUGGACAACGUGAAACGAAUUAGAGUGAACAGAAGUGUCCUGAAAGAAAAAUCGAAAAUAAGAGUCCCCGAGAAUAUCACAAACGUAAGUGAUCUUCAUCAGUUAUUCAAGUCUCUUAAGAGGUAUGUCGCUCGAUCAACCAAUAUCGGUGAAAGGGAUGCCAAGGAUGAUGUGGUGAAAUCAGGAUAUAAUACACUGUGUGCCGAAACAGAUAAUGGACUUGAGAAUUUCUUUGAGGUCGGAGUUCGUGUGAAGGUUUGUUGGAAGAAGGAAGAGAUAGGCAACUCUGGUUGGCGGCCUGGGUGGUAUGUUGCUGAAGUUCAGAAUGCCAAUUCAAUGCUAGACCAAAUUGAAGUCGUUUACCUUUCAGAACCAGAAUCAGUUUACAAAAUUGAUGUGACUUCAAUGCUGGCCGAAGGAAAGUUACAGUUAUCAAAAUGA